CAAUACAAAAAGAUAACCUAAGUCAUGGGUUGCAAUUUUUGUUGUAAAGACAUUUUAAACCCAACUGCUUCUCUCUCUGUCUCUCUGUCUCUCCAACUUUUUCUUCUUUCUCCACUAGUUCUAUAUUCCUUUAGGCCUUAUCUCCCCAACCCAUUUCCUAAGUUUUGGAAAUAUCUGUAGACACAAAAAUUCAACAAAGUUGCAGAUAAGGAAUCAGAUCUAAUUAUUAGUCUUUGUUGCAUAUUUCUGUUAAUCAUGGCGACCAAACAGCAUAGAAAUACCAGAGAGAAUUCUGAGAACAAGCAUGAAGAUAUCAAGUUGAAACAAGAAGGAAAUCAACAGGUACAAAUUACUACAUCUCCUGCCUCACCUCCUUCAGCUUCUUCAUCUCCUUCUCAUGAAUUCUCCUUCACAAUCUCUCUCCACUCUUCCUCAACACCAGUUCCUGAUAAAGCCAAAGCUCCUCCUCCUUCAUUUGCUAUUGAUUUGUCUCCUGCAGAUGAUAUUUUCUUCCAUGGCCAUUUGCUUCCUCUUCAUCUCCUCUCUCACCUUCCUGUUUCUCCUCGCUCAUCCACCAAUUCCAUGGAUAGCUUUACUCUCCCCAUCAGAGAAUUAUUAGCUGAUCAGAAACCCAAUAAGAGUAACAUCAACAACUGCAGCAGCACCAGCCAUGGAAAUAGCAGCAACGUGAAGAACAACAUUAACUGCAGCAGCAGCAAUGGCGAGAGAAAAGCUAGAAGCAAGCCGAAGCCUUUCUCUUUAUUCGGAUGGCGAAAAGGGUGUGAAGUUAGAGAAUCAGAAGACAAGGAGAAGCAAAAGAAAAAGCUUAGAUUUGAAGUAAGUCAAAUAUUAAAGAGGUACAUGAGAAUGGUUAGGCCAUUGACGUUCUUCAAAGGAAAGAAAGAAAAUUUCAAUAUACAGAGGAAACCCCAUUCAUUUUCUGGAAAUUCAAGCUUGAGAAAUAAGCAGGAGUUGAGAGGAAGAAAAGGAGGAUUCUCAGCUCCAGCUUCCAUGAGAACAUCUCCAACAAACAGUGGCCUUCUUGUGGCAACUGCGCCAGCUGUUGCUUCUCCUACAAGUGAUAGUACAAUGGAGGAAUUGCAAGCUGCAAUUCAAGCAGCAAUUGCUCAUUGCAAGAACUCCAUUGCUGCUGAAGAGAAGAUCAAAUUCUAAGAAAUUUGAUUUUCCAAUUUUUCUUACUCAAUUUCAUUUACUUUUUGUUGUACACAUGUGUAUAAACUGGUAUAUAUAAUAUAAAAGUAAGAAUAAAUUUGAAACUUUUAUCUGAUUUUAUUUGUU